AUGUCUCCGAAGCACAAGAGCAUUCCAUCAUUCAAUCAGGCUGACCCAUCACGCUCAAACGCGCAGCUGCCAUAUAGCCCCGCACGACAUUCUGAGCAUCGGGCACUGCUAGAUCCACGGUCAAUUGUACAGCCUAAGCGGUCUCAGAUUUCAAGCUUCAGUCCAGUCCAACCAACAUUUCACAGUGGUGCAGACGAUAAUGUUACGCAUCCACAUUCCUCCCCUCCUACUGGCCUAAAUCGCCAGCACAGCGGCCCUCGAUCUCUCUUAGAGGCUGUGCAUGGUGUAGAAUCGAGAGUCGAUCAUCCACGGAAGAAGAUCAAGCCAAGUCCUAAUCCUGGGAGCGCCGAGCCAAAAAAGGCCUCGAGCUAUUCGCAUCAUCCCAGCAGCGGCAUUAUUGGCGGCUACAUGCGCCCCAAUCCUGAAAAGUCUGCCGAGGAUACCCUGAGAUCUCUGGUCGACCUCACGAAUGACGACGAAGGAGAUGCAGACGAUGACAUUGAGAUUGUGUCUUCCAGGAGCUUGGAUGACGAAGAAGUCUGCUACGGCCAUUUCUCGACCAUCGUACACGCCCACCGUAUUCCCAAACCUAAAAACAUUUCGACUUUUCACGGCGAGAAGGAAUGGCCUGUCAUGAAAUGUACUCUCCUACGAACGCGAUCCAAGGACACCGUCAUUGAAGUCUCUGAUCCCUGGGGUGUUGUGUUCGGUAAGGUGAACGCCGACUUUGCCGCAGCUCUCGCACCGGUUCUGGAUGGCCUGACAGGAGUGCGAACGCAAGCGAGACUAAUAAACCGUCGCAAAAAGCCAAAUGAAUGGCCUCACGUUGAAUGCUCCGAAACAUUGAAAAUGGUCGUGAAUGUCUAUGGGCGAAGAAAGGAUGUCGCAAGAGUCGGUCGCCACUUUGGACAACAUAAUUUCUGGUUUCGCCCACCAAUGGCUCCUGAGCCUGGUAUCCCAAUUGUUAAUCCACACGUAAAGAGGGAUCCACUUCCCCCGACUCCCAGGAAGACGGGACAGAGCAACAUUCUUUCUGAUACCCGUACUCUGGAAGAAGCAACGGAAGCUGUAUCGAAGCUCUUCGACUCAUUUGCGGAGGCUAGAAGUGCCUUGGAAGAGAGCUCGCCACCAUCAUCUGUCAUCACAACACCUCUGUUAAGCCAUCAAAAACAGGCGCUCACGUUCAUGCUACGCCAUGAGAGAGCGAGAACAUUCGGGACUGAAGAAUCGGAUAAUUCUUCUCUAUGGAGACGGAUGACCACUAAGACAGGCGCCACGAUCUACCGCGAGGUUGUCAGUGGCAUAUCGGUAAAAGAUGAGCCAGAACAAGUCUUUGGAGGACUACUUGCCGAUGUCAUGGGCCUGGGAAAGACUUUGGAAGCUCUGUCGUUGAUCGCGAGCACAUUGGACGAGGCAAUGGAAUUCAGCAAGGAGAAGACAAUCCGGGACGACCAGAACGUGCUUCUAGCGAACACCCAGGCAACAUUGAUUGUCUGCCCUACCAGUACGGUCAAAAACUGGGAAGAUCAAAUUAUAGCACAUAUGGAUCCGGCUGCCGUGUCUUAUUAUGUUUAUCAUGGCACAAACCGAGAACGCAACCCGUACAAGUUGUCAAAGUACGACAUCAUCAUUGCAACCUACGGUGUUGUAGCCUCAGAGUUCUCGGGCAGGGGAGCUCCUAGUGUCACUCCAUUAAAGCAGUUGAAGUGGUUCAGAAUUAUACUGGACGAGGCUCACACAAUUCGAGAACACAAAGCGCAGCAAUCGCAAGCCAUCUACAGCUUAGAAGCGCAGCGUCGAUGGUGCUUAACCGGAACUCCGAUUCAAAAUCGGCUAGACGAUCUAGGGUCACUGACUAGGUUUCUGCGACUCUAUCCAUACGACACCCCAGCCCGAUUCAAUCAGUACAUCAGAGGCCCGGCUCAAGCCGGAGACCCGAGUUUCCUGAAAGCGCUGCGGGUAUUCGUCGACUCUUUUACCCUCCGACGACUGCGAGAUCAGAUCGAUCUGCCGGAGAGGAAAGACUUUGUGGACUUGCUUGACUUCUCUCCCGAAGAACGGCAACUACAUGAUUUCUUCAAGGAAAUUGCACACGUGCAGAUUCAGGAGUUGGCACAUAUGAAACAGAAGAACAGUGGAGUGCAGCAUCAUGUUCUUCGUGGUAUCAUGACGCUACGGCUGAUUUGUGCCCACGGUCGUGAUCUCCUGAAGGAGAAGGAUCUUGAGAAGCUGAAGGGCAUCAGUAAGAGCGAGGCUAUUGACCUUGAUCACUAUAUGCCGACGACGAUCUCCAGGCAAACAGCCUAUGAAUCACUGAACCUGAUGACUGAGGCCGAUCUUGAUCUCUGCAGACGAUGUGAGCGCCGCAUUACGGAAAUCGAGUUCGAAGACGAGCACGGCAUCCGCUGCUAUGUCUUGCCAUGCUUCGAUUUGAUCUGCGCAGAAUGCUUCGCGUCAGACAAAGGCACCUUCGACACGAGGCCCGAUAAAGAACCAGUGACUUGCCCAUACUGCUUCAAGGAAAUCGCCGCGCAAUACGUUGGAUUUAGCGGAUCCACUGCGCAAGAGAUAUUAGCAGCUCCAGAUGACAAUAUCGCAGAGGACGAGGACGAAACGGCCAUGCACACAUAUCAUGGGCCACACACCAAAACAAAAGCGCUCUUGCAGGAUAUUGCCGCGAUGCACAUGGACAGUCAGGCUUUCGAGGCUGCGGGAGAACCACCGCUCAAGUGUGUCGUAUUCUCGGAAUUCACUUCACACCUCGACUUGAUCGAGAUUGCGCUGCGCGACAAUGGAUACUCGUUCGUGAGGGUCGAUGGCAAAAUGUCACUCAACAACCGAAAGAAAGCCAUGGAUGCAUUGGCGUCGGACAACAACGUUACAAUUCUCCUUGCAUCGAUCAAGGCGGCCGGGCAAGGACUGAAUCUCACAGCGGCGUCCCGAGCUUUCAUCAUGGAGCCCAUGUGGAAUCCAGCGGCAGAGGCACAAGCUGUCGAUCGAAUUUAUCGAAUCGGGCAGACGCGACCAGUCUUGGUAAAAAGGUAUCAGAUGAAAGACAGCAUCGAGAGAAAGAUCGUCGAGCUGCAGAAGCGCAAGCAGCAGUUGGCAGACGUGUCUUUAAACCAGAAUCACAGGCAGCUCAGCAAAAAGGAGGUGCGAGAACAACAUAUGAAGGAGAUUUUGGCUCUUUUCAAGUAG